AACCUUUAUAUCAAACUCCAGUGGUUCAGUUCAUCUCAUAAUCUCACGCGUGACAACAUCUAUUGAGAGAAGAACCCAUCCAAGCAAAGGCCUAGCACCACCGACAAGCUCAUCUCUCACCUGUGCCGACAUCAGUCAGUUCAUCAGCUCCGACCUCUGCCCAGUGUAUUCCACCACGAAUAUGUUUUGGCUUCUGGUAUCUAUGCUUUUCUACCAUGGGCUUUGUAUUAGCACUAGUAAUACUAGUGUUAACGUUUCUACAAUACCCAGCUUUGUGAAAAUUGGGGCUAUUUUCUCUUUCAAUUCCUCCAUUGGGAAAGUUGCUAAAGUUGCAAUAGAAGCUGCCAUCAAAGAUGUGAAUGACGAUCCAACAAUUCUAAAUAGAACUAUGCUGAAAUUAGCAUUGCAGGAUUCCAAAUUAGACAAUGAAUUUUUGGGAAUUGUUGAGGCUUUGCGGUUUAUGGAGAAUGAUACAGUGGCCAUACUAGGUCCCCAGCGCUCAGUUAUGGCUCAUAUAAUUUCACAUAUAGCGAAUGAGCUCCGUGUCCCCUUAUUAUCCUUUGCAGCAACAGACCCCACCCUGAAUUCACUUCAGUUCCCUUACUUUGUUCGGACAACGCAAAGUGAUCUCUUCAAGAUGGCUGCAGUAGCAGAAAUUGUAGCCUACUAUGAAUGGCGAGAUGUAAUAGCAAUCUAUAUUGAUGAUGAUCAUGGUAGAAAUGGGAUUGCUGCAUUGGGGGACAUGCUAGCCGAGAAAAGAUGUAAAAUCUCGUAUAAAGCUCCUAUGAGACCUAACUUAGGCCGCGUUGAAAUCACCAAUGCACUGGUCAAGGUGGCUUUGAUGGAGUCUCGGAUUAUUAUACUGCACAUUUAUGAUUCCUCAGGUGUAGAGGUACUUGAUGCUGCAAGGGAUAUGCAGAUGAUGAGAAAUGGAUAUGUAUGGAUAGCUACUGAUUGGCUCUCUACUCUACUAGAUACAGAAUCUUCCUUAUCUUCAUCAGUAAUGGAUAGUAUUCAGGGUGUUCUUACAUUGCGCAUGUACACACCGGAGACAAAUUUGAAAAAGAAAUUUGUUUCCAGGUGGAGCAACUUGACUGCUGCAGGAAACACAAACAAUGGCCUUUUUGGACUAAAUACUUAUGGUCUGUAUGCCUAUGACACUGUCUGGCUUCUUGCUCAUGCACUUGACAAAUUUUUCAGUCAGGGGAAAAACAUUUCAUUUUCAAAUGAUAAGGGUUUAAGUGAUUUUAGUGAAGGAAACUUGCGUUUUAAUGCUAUGAGUGUCUUUGAUGAAGGGUCAGUGUUGCGUGAAAACAUUUUAAAUGUUAACAUGAGUGGUGUAACUGGCCAGGUUAAGUUCACUCCUGAUGGUAACCUCAUUCAUCCUUCAUAUGAAGUCAUCAAUGUGAUUGGCACAGGGUCUAGGACAAUUGGGUAUUGGUCCAAUUCUUCUGGCUUAUCAGUUGUGCCACCAGAUAAGCUCAAUGCACAAGCAAAUGGCUCCAGUUCAAUUCAUCCAUCACUAUACGGUGUAAUCUGGCCAGGACAAACAACUCAAAAGCCUCGUGGAUGGGAAUUAUCAAGCAAUGGAAGGCAAUUGAGAAUUGGAGUUCCAAUCCGUGUUAGUUAUCGUGAAUUUGUCUCUAGAGGUGAAGGCCCUGAUAUGUUUGGUGGUUAUUGCAUUGAUGUGUUUAAUGCUGCAAAGGACGCGUUACCAUAUCCAGUCCCGUACAAGUUUGUUCCAUUUGGAGAUGGGCAUACGAAUCCAAUAAACCAAGAUCUUCUGCACAAGAUCACAACUGGAGACUUUGAUGCUGUGGUUGGAGACAUUACAAUUACCACAAACAGGGCAAAGAUGGUGGAUUUUACACAGCCAUAUAUUGAGUCUGGGCUAGUGGUAGUGGCCCCAGUUUGGAAGUUGAACUCUAGUGCUUGGGCAUUUUUGAGACCAUUUACUCCAUUGAUGUGGUGUGUCACAGGAAUAUCUUUCCUUCUUGUGGGAGCAGUUGUUUGGAUUUUGGAGCGCAGGACAAAUGAUGAAUUCCGGGGCCCUCCUAGAAAACAAUUUGUCACAAUUAUAUGGUUCAGCUUUUCCACUUUGUUUUUCUCUCAUAGGGAAAGGAUUGCCAGCACCCUUGGUCGCUUAGUGCUUAUCAUAUGGCUUUUUGUAGUUUUAAUACUCAAUUCGAGUUACAUUGCAAGUCUGACCUCAAUACUGACAGUGGAACAGCUUUCUUCGCCCGUCAAAGGGAUUGAAAGUUUAAUAUCGAGCAACGAUCCAAUUGGUUACCUGCGGGGUUCAUUUGCUGAAAAUUAUUUGACACAGGAGCUCAACGUGCAUAAGAACAGACUUGUUCCCCUGAACUCUCCAAACGAAUAUGAGAAAGCCUUGAGGGAUGGUCCAAGGAAGGGUGGUGUUGCUGCAGUGAUUGAUGAGCGUGCAUACAUGGAGCUCUUCCUCUCCACCCGAUGUGAAUUUGGUAUAGUAGGUCAAGAAUUCACCAAAAUGGGAUGGGGCUUUGCCUUUCCACGGGACUCGCCACUAGCAAUUGACAUGUCAACUGCGAUCCUGAAACUAUCAGAGAAUGGGGGUCUACAGAGGAUUCAUGAUAAAUGGCUUACAAGAAGUGCAUGUAACUCAGAAGGUGCAAAGCAAGACGUAGACCGCCUUCCACUUAAAAGCUUUUGGGGACUCUUUUUACUAUGUGGCUCAGCUUGCUUUCUUGCUCUGCUUUUGUAUCUCAUUAAGAUGGUGCGGGAGUACAUGAGGCAUUCAGAUGGAAGCUCAUCCAAGAAAUCAUUUUUUUCUUUUGUCAAAGAAAAGGAAGAGGAUGCAGAUAAAAUGCAAGAGGAAGCUGGCAAAAAUGGAGCCAAGAGAAGGCGAAAUGAUCAGAGGGUCUCAAAUGGAAGAGUGCAUAAAGAUGGAACUUUAGAUGGUCCCAAUAAUCGUGGUGUUUAUGCUGGAUAUGAAGCCUGAUAAUUGGUUCCAUCUUGGAGCUUUAGUCAAUUAAUACGUAGGCUAUCAAACUCUCUUUUAAAUGUUUGGGUUGGAACUGUUGUAAUUUUAAUUAUGUUAACUGAUUUGUAUCCUGUGCAUGUGUUUAUACCCAAAAAUAAAAACCAUGUACGGUUUGUAUGAAUGAGUGUAGGAGUUUUUAAUGAAAACAAAGCUGCAAAAGUGCCAG